CUGGCUCGUCGGCGGUGGCAUUGAUACCAGGUGGUGAUCAGGCAUCAGGCGUAACCAGCGUGUCCCAAAAGGAGUCCAGCCGACACCAGCACUCAGCAGUCGAGAGAGGAGACGCAGACGGCGCAGUUGGAGUGUCGGGCCACAACAUGUCUUCGCCGGCGGCGCAGAGCAACAGCAGCAGCCAGUCGCAGUCAGCCGCCCAGCAGCAGCAGCAGAAUCAAAAGGCCAACGCAAAUAACACACACGACAACAAGAAUGCCUCGGCGACGACGGGGACAGCAGCGGCAGCAGCAGCAGGAUCUGCUGGUGCAGGAUCCGGUGGUGGAUCCACCACAGCUGCCGGCACACAACAGCAGGGGGCAACCUCAAGUGGGCCCCAGAGCCCGACCAAGCGCAGCACAAUAUCGACAAAGGAGCGUGUGAUCGACAGCGUGCCGUUCCCGCCGAGCCGCAAACUUACCUGCGCCGAUGUUUUUGAUGCGAGGACCGGUAAGCCGCACCAUGACAUCCUCAAACAGCACUUCAUCCUGGAGGGCCGGAUUGAGGAGAGUGCCGCGUUGCGCAUCAUUCAGGAGGGUGCCACACUGCUGCGCCAGGAGAAGACAAUGAUCGAUAUUGAGGCGCCAGUGACGGUCUGCGGUGAUAUUCACGGCCAGUUCUAUGAUCUAAUGAAGCUUUUUGAAAUUGGCGGCUCGCCGGCGACCACCAAGUAUCUGUUCCUGGGCGACUAUGUCGACCGGGGCUACUUCAGCAUCGAGUGUGUGCUGUACCUGUGGUCGCUGAAGAUCACCUAUCCGCAGACGCUGUUCCUGCUGCGCGGCAACCACGAGUGUCGGCAUCUGACCGAGUACUUCACCUUCAAGCAGGAGUGCAAGAUCAAGUACUCGGAGCGCGUGUACGACGCGUGCAUGGACGCGUUCGACUGCCUGCCGCUGGCGGCGCUGAUGAACCAGCAGUUCCUGUGCGUGCACGGCGGCCUGUCGCCCGAGAUACACGAACUGGAGGACAUACGGCGGCUCGACCGCUUCAAGGAGCCGCCCGCCUUCGGCCCCAUGUGCGACCUGCUGUGGUCCGACCCGCUGGAGGACUUCGGUAACGAGAAGAACUCGGACUUCUACACGCACAACUCGGUGCGCGGCUGCUCGUACUUCUACAGCUACGCCGCCUGCUGCGACUUCCUGCAGAACAACAACCUGCUGUCGAUCAUCCGGGCGCACGAGGCGCAGGACGCCGGCUAUCGUAUGUACCGCAAGAGCCAGACCACCGGCUUCCCCUCGCUGAUCACCAUCUUCUCGGCGCCCAACUAUCUCGACGUGUACAACAACAAGGCGGCGGUGCUGAAGUACGAGAACAAUGUGAUGAACAUCCGGCAGUUCAACUGCUCGCCGCACCCCUACUGGCUUCCCAACUUCAUGGACGUGUUCACCUGGUCGCUGCCCUUCGUGGGCGAGAAGGUCACCGAGAUGCUGGUGAACGUGCUGAACAUCUGCUCCGACGACGAGCUCAUGACCGAGGAGAGCGAGGAGCCGCUCUCGGACGAUGAGGCAGCGCUGCGCAAGGAGGUUAUCCGCAACAAGAUCCGUGCCAUCGGCAAGAUGGCUCGCGUCUUCUCCGUGCUGCGCGAGGAGUCCGAGUCGGUGCUGCAGCUGAAGGGCCUGACGCCGACGGGUGCCCUGCCACUCGGCGCCCUCUCCGGCGGCAAGCAGUCGCUCAAGAAUGCCAUGCAGGGCUUCUCGCCCAACCACAAGAUUACCUCGUUCGCGGAGGCCAAGGGCCUGGAUGCUGUCAACGAGCGGAUGCCGCCGCGACGAGACGCGACGCCCUCGCCGGCGGAGGAGGGCCAGAAAUCACUGUCAGCGGCGGCAGCAGCAGCGGCCAAUGCAAAUGCGAAUUCAAUCAAUGGAUAAUUCUAAGUCAAGUCAAGUCAGUAAAGUAAAUUCAAGUCGAGUUAAGUGAUGGAUGGGCGGCAGCAGCAGCAACAGUUGCAGUCAAGUUAGUCAGAGGAUCAUCGGAUCGUUGAAUUUGAGGAUCAAAGGAUCAGAGAAUCGGAUGAGGAGGAGCAAAUUCAGUUAGUAGUCGACAGUUAAGCAGAAAACGGUGGGAGGGAGACGACGGACGGGACGGCAAACAGCUAGCGAACAGUUCAGUGCGGAAAUAGUCUCAAAAUAAAAAAGCUCUCGGCUCAAAGAAAACGAUGAAAACACAAGACACGCAGGCAGACAUAUUGGUAUUUAAUGUAAUGCAAAUCCCCCAGAGAUGGAAGCUAAUUAUAACGUUGAAAGAAUAACAAUAUAUAUAUAAUAUACAUAUAUAUGUAUCAAAAUUUUGUGCAACAUUAUAUCAAAAGAGCAAAUUUAAACGCGACAGCAGUUGCUCGCCAGUGGCGCGCAUUCUCUCCCAUUAAAAAAAAUGAAUGAACAACAACAAACAAAACAAAUUUUUAAAAC